AUGAAGUCACCCCUGUGGCAGCAUGUAACCGUUCUUAAGCUACGGAGGAAUAUGCGAUUGUCUAAUCCAGCACUAUCCGACGAGGAACGAUCUGAUUUGGAGGAAUUUGCACAAUGGGUCCUUGAUGUCGGUGAUGGAACUGUGCACAUGGACACGCGAGAAGGAGAAACUACACCUUCCUGGAUCUCUUUGCCACCAGAUACAGCACUGCUGCCAGAAUCUGAUCCUGUUUCUGCUAUUGUUCACGCAGUUUAUGACUCAUUUGCUGGAAUGUAUUCUGAUGCAGCUUAUCUGGCAGACCGUGCCAUAGUGUGCCCUACCAAUAAAGUUGCCGACUCUAUCAACGAGACUGUUUUCUCUAGAGUGCCUGGGGAAGAGAUGGUAUUCGAGAGCUGUGAUUCUAUUUGUAAGACUUUGGACCAUGCGGCUGAUGCAGAACUGUUGUAUCCUCCUGAGUUUCUCCAUAAGAUCGACCCUCCAAACUUCCCGCAGCAUAGGAUUUCAUUGAAGGUAGGAGUUCCAAUAAUGCUACUAAGGAAUAUCAACCAAGCUAUUGGACUUUGUAAUGGUACCCGCUUAAUGGUCACACGGCUUGGUGAAUGGGUUCUGGAAGCCAAGAUUAUGACAGGGACCAACAUUGGUGAACGAGUGUGCAUACCAAGAAUUGUUUUGCACGCACCAGCUACCAAAUGGCCUUUCACAUUGCAGCGCCGUCAGUACCCAGUUAGGCUAUGCUAUGCAAUGACUAUCAACAAAAGCCAAGGUCAGACUCUUAAGAAGGUUGGGGUCUACUUGCCGAAGCCAGUGUUCUCCCAUGGACAGUUCUAUGUUGCAAUCUCAAGGGUAACAUCAAAGGAAGGGCUGAAAGUACUAGCGCUUGAUGAAUCUGGUAACCCGACUACCCAGACUAGAAACAUAGUGUACAAGGAAGCCCUUGGUCAUCUAUAA